UAAAUUGCUAUGCUUACAUAGAAUUCUUUCUGUAUUAGUUCUUUUGCAAUCUCAUUCUAUCUGAACAACGAGUUUAGUGACACAAAUGCAGAAGCUGAAAAGAAGAAAUAUAUAAACCACAUUGAGGAGUUAGUCCAAUGAAUGGGAUGGGAGCCCUUCAAAGUCACAUAUACAAGCGAUUUAUGUUCAAGCUUUAUACGAGCAGGCAAUUGAGUUAAUCGGAAAGGGGAUAGCCUAUGUGGAUCACCAGAUUUGAUUGUGUCUUGAAGUAACAAGGAAGAAGGGUCAGUUUAUGUUAUGCACUAAGCACAAAAAAUGAUGCCAUUGAGAAUAAUUGAUCUGCUAUGAGUAAAAGAGAGCAUUUGUACUGUUGAGUUUGAUUUAUUAAUUCGGUGGGGUACAGCCUGUUGGAGCUAUGCAAGUGCUGAUCAUCAUUUCUCAGAGUAAAGAACUGAGCAUUUGUCCUCUACGCACAAAAGCUAGAUAGAGAUUCUUUUGGUUGCUGCAGCGCAUGCAAUUCUAUACGAGUAUGUCACCAACUGGUUCAGAUUGGAUGAGUCCAUGUACCAUUGAGCUCUCAAUGACUACUACGAUAGCACCGGUUCAGCUGCUACCAACAUAAAUGUGGCUAUGUUGGAAGAUGAUACAGGAAAUGUUCAUGCCGCUCUAAGCCAUUUGCACGAAGCACUAUUAUUAGUAGUUACAGAAGCUGGCACUUACAUGGGUGCAUGUUGGUGCCUUCUAGAGAUUAAGGUUCCUGUUUAUCUAAUGCAAAUUUUGCUGCCUAUAUGGCGCAAGAUUGCUUUGCAAUUCUCUUGGACACUAGGAUUGAUUGUGUUGUUUGGUUCUGGUAUCUAAGGAUCUCUUGUGCUGAAACAUUGCGGUGAUUUGCCAAGUGUUUGUGGUUCUUUUUUACUUGUAAAGAAAACUUACGCUAACAAUCGUUAGUUCAUUGGGGCACAUGAACCAUAGUGAACAUUGGUUAAGAUGAACCCAUUGACAUAAUGGCAUUGAUGUUUGAUGUAUGUAUGUUUGUAUGGUCCGCGAUGGUGGCAUGAAAAGUGAAUCAAGUUGGUAGACAAUCUGAGACGAUGGCUGGUUAGAUAUUAUGGAGAUAGUCACUGUAGAUGUGAAAUUUAAUCUGUAGUAAUGGAUGUGUCUGAUUUAAUACUGGCAAUGUCAGUAUCAUAGUGUUGUAUGGAGUAGCAGAGGGAAAUGUGUGGUGUAACAUGGUUGAGCGAGCCAGGAUUUUCUGGUCUUUUGCUAUUUCUAAAUAAAUUAGCUGAUUUUAUCUUGAUUCUAAAUUUCUAAUACAGCUACAUAUGUACAUAUUGCUAUGGGACUUCAUAUUGUCAAUUUUCUUAUUUUAGUUAAGUACUGCAUUUUAGAUGUGCACUGUGCUUGGAGCAACUAACACCACCAGGACCGUAAGAUUUUAUGAUUUAUACCAAAAACUGUUCCAUGUUACUUGACAAUAAAUAUGUAUUUACUUAUGUGAAUAUAGACACCCUAAAGGUGCAAUGAGGUGCUUUAGCAAGGCAAGUGUGCCACAAGUACAGGAGGCCCGCCAAUGGCGGGCCCCAACCACUAGUAUGGAAUUAUUGUAUGGGGCCAGGUGGGCCAGGGCGCUCGAAUCUAUACGCAGCAGCAACGUCCGUGAUAUGAGCUGUGGAUGGAACCCGAAAGGAAAUGCCUUUGUCGUUGCAACCUCUGCUCCUAUAUAUGCGCACACCGGCCGGGCAAUUAUCUUAACAAAUCAAGUGGAUGAGUAAUCGGGACCGUGCGUUCUUGUCGGCACAAGUUAUAUAUGCGCAGAUCCACCACGCGGCGCGCACGUCCGUGUAGGUCUCUUGGUUCUUGCUCCCGCCGGCAUCCACCCUGGCUAUUCCCAAAACUGAUCUCAUGUGCUGGCCCUGGCAUGUCCGCGACCCCGUGGCACCCGCCGGAAACGGCGGAGUCCUCCUCGGGCUUGUCGUCCUCCUCGUCCUAUCCCCCGGCGGCAGCAGCUCAGCAUCCGGCGUGCUCCGCCUGCAAGCACCAGCGCCGAAAGUGCACGCCGGGGUGCCCGCUUGCGCCCUAUUUCCCCGCGGACAAGCCCGGGAGCUUCCGCAACUCCCACCGCCUCUUCGGCAUCAAAAACAUACUCCGGUUCCUGACGAGAGCCGGCCCGGAGAAGCGGGACGAUUGCAUGAAAUCCAUACUGUACGAGGCCGACGCCCGUGCUUCCGAUCCGGUGCUCGGCGCGUACGGCCUCUUACAGAGUCACCAGCGAGAGCUUGCCUUGGCGACGGCCGAACUCGUGGCCUUAAAGGAGCAGCUGGAGUUGCACGGGCACGCCGCGCAGCACCGCUCGGCGCCGGACGCUCUGGGCUUCCUCUCGCCGGUCCAGCCGUGGAUGCCGCAGCCGCCGUCGAUGUAUCCGAUACAGGAGGGGCAGCAGCAGCCGAUCUACGGUAGCUACGUACUAGCUGGUGCUGCGAAGAUCGACGAGGACGCGACAAUCGGCGUGAAGCUUGACGAGGACGAUGUGAUGCCAAUGCAACAUGAUGAUCAUGCCGAUGGCUGUACAACACAUUACGGUAGAUUAGAGCCGUCAUCGUCGUCGAGCUACCGGUCUUCGGAUACUUCGCCUCGCGGACUUCUGAACCGUCGCGCUUUAGGUUUAAAGUACAAUCCUGGUUAAUUUUCAUUUUUAUAGACAGAUUGGCUGAGAGUUAGUAAUCGUGUUGGCUUACAUGGAAAAAAAUGGAAAAUGGAAAAAAUGACAGAAAAAAGUUAUUGUUUCCGGAAACAAAAUUUCCAAAAUUUGUCAUUGGAUUCAUUUAGGAUAUA